CUCUGGAUGAUGCACUCCUUUUUUCCCAAGCAUGACACACUUACUGGGCUGCAGAGCAAAGCCACGGGACAGAGACUCGGCGAGGAAGCCAGAGGACAGAGUCAGAGAAACAUCAUGAUGCGGGGGAGAAAAGCAGAUGAGACGGAAUGGUGAUGAUGAUGUAGAUGAUAUGGAGAGAGGGGUAAUCGUACAAGAAUAAGAAAAACACAAAGCUCUGCACGGAGAAGGGUGAUGGAGAGGAUGUUUGAGGACAGGACCGCACAGAGAACGAGGAGGAUGUUCGGACGACCGGAGCGCUUCUCUCCCCAGUUUUGAUAAUCGUGUGGGUAAAUCACUGGUAAGUUUAACGAAGCGCUAUUCUGAGGAGGUGGGCCAAGUCCCGGAGGUAGAAUAGAGAAGGAGGGAGGGCCAUCGGAGUGGGUACUGGUGCCCAAACUGGGAUGUUGUUGCUGUUGUCAGUAAUGUGAGUCGACAUUAAGGAGCUGAUGAAAAGAAACCUGGCACGCAUUUCUGUAUUUUUGCAGUCUCAUACACAGCAGCAGUGUGUGGUAGAGAGCAGUUCAAGUUGGCUUCCUGCCUGCUGAGAUGUGCCAAUAGGAGACACUUUGAAGGGGGGUUCAUGCUGAUGAAAUUGAUCUGCUCAGUGAGCUCCAACCAGAGCCAUGGGGAGUACCCAGACUGUCGGAGUGAGAGGGAGUCAGGAGGGGAGGCAUCACUCCUGGUGUCUCCGCUGGUGGUGGCCGGGAUUGUUAUAGGUCUAGUCCUCUUCCUCUCCUGCAUCACCAUCAUCGUUGGCAGCCUACGCAAAGACAGUCGACUUAGAAACCCACACCUUCGAGCAAGCUAUGGACCAGACGGUUUUUCUUAUGGAGGCUCGGCAGGGGAACUGAGGUCUAGCUGCAUAGAGGACUUUCCUCCUGGUUUAGACUUUGACGCGUACAGAGAUAAUCUGUCACAGAUCAAUAGUCUGUAUCCUGACUCACCACCAUGCUAUGAUGAGUGUGUUGGCCCUGGUUCGACUCAGAUCUACAUCCCCACAGAUGACCCACCUCCAUACUCUCUACUGGACCCCUGUGAGAACGGGGCGGAGUCAGAAGAGCAGCCAAGUCCAGAUGCUUCAGCCAGUGCUGCCUGGCUCUCCCCCUCCCACUACCCCUUGGGACUGCAUGAGCACCAACACAUUGCAUCCAUCUCCUUCCCGCUGGAGGCAGCGCCGCCUUAUGAGUCAGUGCUGGCUGAACAAGGACAGCCCCUCCCUCUUAUGCCAUGUGACCUUUAUAAACACCAAUCAGAGAGGGGGGACGAUGGAAGCUCCCAGCAACUCCCAGCAAACCAGAUCUCUUAGGACAAUUAAUUUGUUUUCUUCACUCAAGCUGUUGGCCUUCCCCAGUUGAAUUAAACUAACGCUCAGAUGCGGGGAAAAGGUCGUUAGGAGCAGCUGUGACACCAAGCAAUGGACACCAGUGGGAUGUACACAUUGUUCACACAUCUGCAAACACCUUAUGAGACUCAGAUGUCACUGUGGACUGCAAUGCAGCCAGUGUGGUCAGAGCAUUGAACCACCACAUUACUGGAAUGACCACUCAUCCUAGUAAUGCUCCAUUGGACAGAGACUCAUCUGUUAAAUUACUUAGUUCAUUUACUCCCAUGUCUUCAAUGUUAUUGUUUCUUAAAUUAGGACAGAUAUAAUAAUUGUUCAUUGUGUGGAGUUUAAGGUACCAAAUGAAGAAAAACAGUGAUUUUUAAUUGUGUAGUUUAGGUUAUACACACGGACACCAAGUACCAUCCUUCAAUUAUUUUUUUAUUUGUUAUCGUAAUACCUUACACUACAAACACACCACAUAUCUAAAGUCUCUAUAGGGUGUUAACAAUAGAGCAGUGUGCUGUUCUCUAGCUUCCAGUGAGAUGAUAGAUCUUAGUUAUUAGAAGAAAGACUGUGAUGAAAUAGUUGUGACCACAGCAACCAAAAUAACCGAAGGAGGACUUUUCAGCAGCACACUUUGUUGUUAUGAAAGAUAAUGCUAAAUUCUUGCAGCAUGCAUUUGUCACCACAGGAGAGGGGUCUCGAUUUAUUCAGUGUUUGCCAUAACUCUCAAGGGCUCUGGUUUUAAUAUCAAUGCUGAAACUAGGCACCAGCAGAAAAAUGUAGCUCGGAGCCUUCCUCCUCAUGAGGUUUGGUUGCUGGAACAGAGACGUUACACAGAAAACUGUAGACUUUAUCAAACCAUUCCCUGAGAAAUAGAUGCUUCUGGCACAUGAAAGAGUUUAAUUGGACCUUGAUCAACAUUUUCCAUCCUGUGUCCCAGUCUGGAAAACGUUUGGUUUGUGUUUGUCAAACUAAGAUAUCUGUUAGCAUCGUUAAAAAAUAAAGUUAAUAUGAGCUGUAAUUCAAAGACCAUACUCAGAUGGUGAAAAAUGUCUAUAUUGUGUAAAAAAUAAAUCAGUCAUCAAGAAAUUUGUAAAAGAAAGAAAGAAAGAAAGAAAGAUCAUGAUGAGGUGACAUUUCUGGUUUCAGUCCACACCCAAACAUUUCAAUUUACCGUCAUUUACAAACCACCAAUUCUGCUUUAUUCACACAAUUAUAAGUUACAUUGCAUGUGUCAUGUUUGAUGUAUCAUUUUCCUAAUCAGGGACACAGCAAAUGUUGUGAAUGUUAUUGUCUUUGAAUGUAUUUAUCCUAAGAGAGAUGAAAAAUUUCACAACUGCAUAACACUUUAAAGGCAAAGAAAAUCAAUGCCCGUUGGAAACAUUUUUAGUGUAAAUAUGAGGCAGAGUGAAGUGCAUUUAAGAGGAAAAUAACAGAUUUUAGUUUGGAGCUAGUUUUAGUAACUGUGGCAAUUCUUGUUUAUUCUGAUCACACUGUCUCACAUCAAAGCCAUCAGUCAUACCUAACAUUUUACAUUCAUUCUAAAAUGCAUGAAUUCCACACAAAAUGUACUGUUGCAGUGGGCUCAGAAGCAACAAACGAAGUGGAUAAAGGACAUCAAUAUAGCAAAGUUAAGGUUUUGUUGGAAUAAUAGCCCCAGCUUGAUGCAUCGCUUCAAAACAAUCUUUAUUUAAAGCAUGAAUUUAACAUAUUUUUAUGAAGCAAAGGAGCAGUGUUUGUGUGUGUGAGGAGCGUGUGGAAGAUAAACCUUGGUUAUCCUGGAGACACUAAGACCUGUAGACACCAUUUAUCACCAGUUAUUGAAGCAGGAAGUCUUGAGACUGAGCUUCUGUAACAAUAUAAAUGUUGUUUUUGUAAUUUGUCUUUAUUUAUCCAGAUUAUGAGUUUAUUUAUUUUCUACUUUGAUUCGGAAAAUGGUCAUUGUGCGAUUGUGCUGUGUUGUAUUAUGUUUGACAAUGUGCCUAGAUGCUCCCAUGACUGUUAGCCUAAACAUUGUAUCUAUAAUUAUCUUAAAGUAACCCAUUACAUGCUUUUUGCUGAUAAACAUCUGAUGGUCACAUAUUCAUUUAUUGAUGUGAGUUUGAAAAAAUGCCUUUCACUGAAUCAUUAUUAAGCAAGUUAUAAUGAUGGGGAUGAUUUAUCCAACGGGGGAAAAAACAUAGUUUUGAUUGUUUUAAGCUUCACAAGAUCACAUCUUCUAGUUUGG